AUGGAAGAUGCUUUAAAAUUCAUUUCAACGGCGGAAGUUGACGAAGGAUUUGCGGACGAAGCUGCCCGGAAGCUUCUACUGUCGGGAGAAGGAAAUGAUCAAAAAACGAGAAUCAUUUGGAAGUUGCUUGUCCUUGGAGCGAGGAAAUCGAUGAGUGUUGAAGAGUUUAGGGCGUUGUUAGGAGCGUCGACGUCUGCGGAAUCCAUUGGCAAUGCUUUUGAGAAAUAUCGGGAAAAAAUCAUUGAAAAUCUGAAAACUAUUCGAUGGGAGUACGAUGAUUUGAUGGAUGUUGAUUGGAGUGUCGCAAAAGUUCAUCAGAGCUCCUUAUUAGGAAGCAACGCUGAAGGAGAGAUGCAAGCCAGCUUUUGCCUGAAAACCGCUCCAGCUGGUGGUCUCGCCACGAGAACCAUCGACGUGACGUUUGACGACACACAACUCCACGCGUUCCUCUAUAAUCUGAAAGAAGCGCAGAAUAUGAUGGAGGCUUCCCGAAAAUGA